AUAUGAUAACUCUUUCCAGUAUCUUCUUGGGUCUUUCUUUUAUCAUCAACGUUGCAUGGAUAAUUGUGAUUUUCAGAAAGAUCACUUUGAAGAGGUUCACCAUCCAUCACAUUCUCUUUCUGAAUCUCUCGCUUUCGACUGUCUUGGGAUCGAUUGCAAACUGGAUGUACCCCAUGGCUACUAUAUAUGAACAGAAUGGUGACCUUUUAAAGUUCAACGUCAGGAUGUUCCGCUGUUCUCUCUCGGCGACCGCCAUGACGAUCUUUUCAUUUGCGUUACUCCGAUUUCUGGCAAUCUUCCGACCGUUUACAUAUCACAGCUUCGUCGGUAAUUCAAUUGGUAUCGGGGAAGAUGACACAACAGGAAGUAUCAAGACAACAAAAUGUCUUUGCGGCUCAGUGUUGAUGUGUAUAUGGGGAAUAUCCCUCGUCCCUUUUGUAUUUUAUAAACUGGGGGAUGAAAAAUUGAUCACUAGUGAACUGUUGAGGAACCUAUUGUACGCGUGGCUGGUUCUGAUUCUCACUCUACUUGUCAUAAUACCUAUCUUGUACGUUAAGAUCUAUUUCGAGGUGCACAGGAUCCUUAGCGUAGAGAGCUUCGUUACGACAGACAGGAGAGGGAUUCGACGCGAUAGGAAAGCUAUGGUCACAACGGUUAUUCUUACCGUCUCUCUACUCAUAUGUUUCUUGCCCUUCGUCGUUAUUAGAAUGAUCAUUGAAAAAGACAGGCGUGUGGUUGAGAAUGAUGACACCACUUUUAUGGACGUAUUUUACCGGUUCGUUUAUUUUCUCCCCUUUGUGAACUUCAUUUCGGAUCCAAUCAUCUAUGGGUUGGGCCAUCAUGACGUCAAGCGCGCAAUGGUCAGUACGUUGCGUGACAUCAAAACGUGGAGUAAGCGGAGCAGGCGAAGUCUGAGAUUCCGCCGAAGACAAAGUAGGUCCUCACAGGGAGUAACAAGCGGAACCGUGUACAUCCAAUGUGACACGGUGAUACCACCAGCCGGGAACGGUAAGAUACUGAGACAAACUAGCUGCUGAUACGCAUCGUUACGUCGGCAUCUAAGUUCCGAGUAGUCUAAACUUGAAAAGAUAAACAAUACCCCGAAUGACGACAAUUUACAUAAUGAGCCCGUAUUGACAUAAUGCAGAAAUAAAAUUGAGUACAACUCAAAUAUGUAUAUCAUAGGGAGUUUAAGCUUGCAUAUAAAAUCGAAACGCCAACCUAUACGUAUGACCAAUCGCCCAGACAAAUGCAUCGCUUAAAUAUUUUCCGUUUACGUUUCGGUUGUGAAAAACAUUGCAAGCUUAGACUCCCGAUUACUGCAACGACGUCGAGGAAAACAAUUCAACAUUUGUAAUGCUAGUGCUACAAACUCGUAGAAAGACAACUUAGCAUCAUUCUGAUACAUA